AUGGCUACACAAAAAGCAAAUGUGAUAACAAAGCAUAUACUACAUCAUUUAAGCCGGCACAAGGCCAAGCUUCCAAUGAUCGUUGGUCUUCAAGGUCCACAAGGGAGUGGAAAAACGACAGUGACGCAAGGUGUUCAGAAAAAUCUAGAGAACGAAGGGAAGCGAACGGCUGUGUUGAGCAUUGAUGAUUUCUACCUCACUCAUGCUAAGCUGGAAGAGCUGAAGCAAUUCUAUCCCGAAAAUAAGCUCUUACAUGGACGAGGUCAACCUGGCACACAUGAUAUGCAACUCGGAACAAAGAUCUUAUCACAACUCAAAGAGAGUCCAGAUGGAACAGCUGUUCAUUUGCCAAUUUUUGAUAAGAGCAAAUUUGAUGGAGAAGGAGAUCGGACAGAGAAGACGGUCGAUGUAGUCACCCCAAUAGACGUUGUCAUCUUUGAAGGAUGGUGCAUGGGCUUCUAUCCCAUUCCGGCAGAUGCACUGGAGGAGCUCUAUCAAGCGGCCAAGAUUGGAAGGGCGACUGGAAGUGGUGGAAAGGCUCCUUAUUUCACACAGCAUUCGCUGGAAAGUCUACAACAGAUCAAUACAAUCUUAGCCGGAUAUUUGGAUUGGUAUAGACUGAUAGAUGCUUUCAUCGUCUUACGACCUCAAAACCUCUUUGACGUAUUCGCUUGGCGAUUACAGGCUGAACAUGCUAUGAAAGAGCAAGGCAAGCCAGGAAUGGCUGACGAUCAAGUACAUGACUUCGUUGCACGUUAUAUGCCGGGCUAUGAAAUAUUCGGCGAUGGGCCGCGAAGGGAUGAUGCACCUUGGGCUGGGAAAGGACUUGUUAUGGAUAUCGACAAAGAGAGAAAUUUAAUCAACACAGACACAUUCUGA